CAGGGCUGUAAAGAACAAAGGUUUGACUUUCAGUUUCGUUUCUUCUCCGCCCUGAGACUUUCCAACAGAAGAGCUUGCACGAUUAAGAAGAAUGGCUGGUGUCAAAUCUAGAUUAACACAAGAUGAAGUAAAGCAACUGCAACAUCUGUUGGGGAGCAGACAAUUCUCUCUUCUCUAUAAAGCAAGCGUCCAUGGUUACAAUGCUGCUAUAUUUCAUGCCAAGUGUGAUGCACAAGGACCAACUGUAGCAGUAGGAUAUAAUGGAAGUGGUUAUAUUUUUGGAGGCUUUACAUGUCAGAGCUAUGUUUCAUCUGGAGGGUACAUAAAUGAUGAGAAGGCUUUUCUCUUUAGAUUAAAAGGCAAAGAGGGUGUGCUCAGCCCACUAAAAAUUCCUGUUAAAACUGCAUCAGGUGCUAUAUAUGACUAUAGUUCCGUUGGCCCUAAUUUUGGAGGUGGAGCACUGCAGUUGUUGAACCAAAAUGCUGCAGCAGCAGCAGCAAGUUCUAACAACAACUACACAUACAAUGUUGCUGAUCUGCUUGGAAAUGAUCUAGGCCUUAUAGAAUGUGAGGUGUAUCGAGUUGAAGAUAUUAGCAGUUUCCUGGAAUCUCCAUGGAGAAAGAUUACAUGGACAACUGAGGAAAGAGGGAAAAUAAUGGAGGAAAUCAGAUCUUACAAACCUUAUUUAAAUUCAGUGCCACAGAUUCGGAUUUUGAUUCUUGGUCCAAUUGGAGCUGGGAAGUCCAGUUUUUUCAACUCUGUGAAUUCUGUUUUCCGAGGUUAUGUGACAAGCCAAGCCAUAGCAGGAUCUGAUAAUAUUAGCGUGACAACACAGUACAGGUCUUACCCAGUUAAAGAUGGAAGAGAUGGCAAGCCUCUGCCUAUUAUCUUCUGUGACACAAUGGGAAUAGAAGAAAAAUCAGGAGUGGGUCUGGAAAUUGAUGAAGUGUCCAACAUAAUAAAAGGCCAUGUUCCUGAUAGGUACCAGUUUAAUCCAGCAGCCACCCUUCGUCCAGAUUCUCCAGGCUAUGUCAAGACCCCUUCUCUGAAGGAUCAGAUUCAUUGUGUUGCAUUUGUUAUUGAUGGGUGCAAAAUUGAGAUUCUCCCUGAGAAACUGGAAGAGAAGCUGAAACAGCUUCGAAGAAAAGUGAACCAGUUUGGGAUCCCACAACUGGUUUUGCUAACUAAAGUGGAUGAAAUUUGCCCUGCUAUUGAAGAAGAUGUCCAGUGUGUGUACAAAAGCAAAGCUGUUGAGAAACAGAUGCGGAUAACUGCAGAGAAACUUGGAAUCCCUCUUGCUCAGAUUGUACCUGUUAAAAACUACUGCUCCGAGUUGGAUCUUUCGUGCGAUGUUGACAUCCUGUUACUGUCUGCAGUGAGGCAGCUUAUACGUUUAGCAGAAAGCUACCUUGACAAUUUCCCUUUUGAGAAGCCAAAGAAAGAGCCCUAACCUGAUGUUUACCUGUGACGCUGGAUAUUUUAUGUGCUGACACCAGAAGCCAAAUUUGUUGCUGCCCUAAACAGAUGCAACUCCAUUGACUUCAGUGGAGUUGCACUUGCUUAUGCCCGUGGUGAAUUUGGCUCAACGGUUCUAUAUCUUGUUACUGCCUACGUAAGAUUAAUGGUAUUUUUGCAUGCAUCAAGGGGAGAAUAGAUUCUCUAGCUUUCAAGGUCGGAUCCCUUUAUUAAACAUUCCACAUUCUUACUCUUCUCCAUUUAAAAAGAAAUUGAAACAAUAGUUGUAAAACUACUUUUGUUAGAUUAAUUGGAAAAAUAAAUUACUCUAAGCACUUUUUCAAUCACUUU